AUGUUAGGACGGCUCUUCAAGCAGCAGUCGGCUCAGCCCCACUCGGGUCCUUCCUCCACCCCUCCGGGCCAGGUCAACUCCUCCACAUUCUCCUCCUACGAAGACCCCUACACCCGCGAGAUCCUCUACGGCACCCACAACCCCAACCAGCUCAAGCCCUACACGUUCAACAACCAGCUCGUGCGCAUCAUCGUGUCGCAAGACGGAGGCAAUUUGCGCUCCAAGCAGGUCCUCUUCGACUCGGCCAACGAGCCUGAAAGUCCUGGCUCCAACAGCGUGUUUUGCAAGUCACCACUGGCCUCCAAGCAUGCCUCGCACAACAGGUACAUGAUGAUGUCCAAGAUCCACCACAACUCCAGCGAGCUCAACGACUAUAUGUUUGGGUGCGGGUUACCCACCAACCAGACCCACUCGUCCACUAAGAUCCACAUCCUCCCAGCGUUGAACAGCCUGGUUUAUGGUUCGUCGCGCUCGGUGCUCAUCACCCGGUUGUUCUCUAUCACCGAUUUGGACAGCUCGGAGCCUCCAGGCUUGUCCUCCAUCGAGGGACCCUCCUCGUCUUGGAACCCCACGCCUACGUUGCCCAUCAAGGACUCCUCUAUACGAAAUCACCCGUUUGCCAAAAUGUCCAACUGCCAACUGGCCUCGUCCCCUUCAUCCAAACCCAAUAAUAACAUCAACAGUCGGUUUGCAAUAGGAAUAAUUGUGCCUUUGGAGUCCCUAUACGAUAUUGGCGAUAUCGUGUUCAACAACUGGAAUGAAUUAUCCCACUACCUAAUUCUCUUGCAAAGAUUCACCACCAAGAAGUUGAUUCAUGAGCUCAAUUCAGGUUUAAUGAACAACUUGAAUAUAAAUGAUUCCCCAACUUCGUGUCCCUGCCCAUACAUCGUGAAUAAGAGAAUUCAAUUUCCUAGCAGCCUUCUCCAAAGUGAUCCAGACUUGGGCAAUCAAGUAGUCAAGCUCAUCAAAUUGCUCCACUAUACUGCAAAUGUUCCAAAGUUGAUGUGCGCAAACAGCUUGAUACGGAGCUGUAUUCUCUCCAAAUCUACCAGCUACAAUUCCAUCUUGUUGAAUUGGGUCUUAGAAGUAAUAAACUGGUUGGAGUUCAAAGACGGAAAAACAGUUCAACCAUACACCUCAAGCUAUAAUCCAUUGCUACAAACCGGUUAUAAUGCCUCCCUGAUAGCUCAAUCUGACUCGAACAGUUCCUCAAAUAAUGGGAACACGUUUUUGGCAAGCUUGUUGGCUUUGAUAAUACCAUUACGUGAGCUGUUAAGCACGAAACCUUUCUACAACGUCCAAGGGACUAAAACAAGGGAAUUGACGAGAAUUGUGAUAAUGACUGGAAACCCAGUAGUGGCUAAGAAAUUAAUUUUCAUUAUCAAUGCCCUAAUACCCAACCAUAUUUUCUCAUUCUCGAUUUCCAGCUCGGAGUUUGAUGACCUUAAUGAUAACCAAAACCACAAUAACCAUGAUGAUCUCACAAACACAAUUAAUGAAGAAAUAGAUACCGAUGAUGAUAAUUCAAGCAGCCGCGAGAAUUUGUAUUCAAGCAAGAUGAACACAGGUACAAAACCUAUACCGAUUCAGACAUCCAAAUAUUCAAGCUCCCCGAGCUCGUCUGACAAUUCUCUUGUGGGGUCUACUCCAUCAGCAAAAGGCUGGGAGAUACCUCGCAAGGCUCGAGUCUCAACAACGUCAAUUCCCAAGUCUAAAAUUGAGACGAAUGCUCAAAUUGCACCAAUUUCUGUGGUGAGCAACUCGUCAAAGGAAAGACAAAACUCGCUAUCAAAAUCUUCCUCGAUGUCGCAACUUUCGUCAUCGUUGAACUCUUCUUUGUCAAACUAUUCGCUAACUAAAUUCGGAGGGAGCUUUAUGGAGAAGUGGAAGAAUUCUUUCGGAAGUUAUACAAGUAACAACUCCAAUCCAUCCAACACAUUCACCAACUCGCAUAACACAACUGGAUCUUCGUAUAACAGCAGCAUGAUGGAUAGUAAUGAGUACUUUCCUCCGGUUUACGGAGGAAGUUUGUCCAAAAGAAAUUCCAUUCAAUCAUUACGAACUCCUCUGCCUGCUAUUGAGCAAGACGAAUUUACGUGGCACGUAAAUGGAUCCAUCAUAAAUAAUACCUCUGGCAGCAACCCCAUCAAUGUUAGCAACGGUCACGCUUCACACUCGAACGGAAGUAUUCUGAUGACUCCCACUAAAUUGUCUCGAACCCAGUCAAUGUUUGAUCUAUACAACAUGCACAGUGGUCAUCAAAACAACCCUGUUCGUGAAGAAAAAAUGAACGUUGUGGGCUUUAAGAAUGGUCCAAAGAAUAAUUUGGAAAUAAAGAGGUCUAAAACAGGUGUGUAUACACCUUUGAUCAAUGAUAAUAUGGUGAAAAACAUUUCAGAACAUAAUAGAGAUGUUAUUAAGUUGAAGUGUUCCGAAAUAAUGAAUAUGAAUGUUUCCUUGAAAUAUUCUGAUGAUGAUACGCUUGAGGCGGCUCCUCUUUCAACCUUUGCUAACCUUAGUCAAGAAUUUGAUGAUAUUGAUGAGUUCUCGAUUUAUAAGCAGAAACCUCUUUUGCCAGCAGUUGCGUUCAGUGACGAAUUCAGGUCAGAAUUCACCGUCCAAUCAUGUCCUAUCAAUCCGAAAUUGGAGGCACAAGUUACCACAGCAAUGAAAAACGAUUUAUUGUUUUACCAAAGCAAUGGAGGGUAUGAAGAAAUUAUUUCCCGGACAGUAUUCAUUAGCUUACGGGCAAGAGAAAUCAAAGUCAUCGAAAUGAGUUUCACCGAC